CCUAUCUCUAGUUUCCAUCCAGCCCAAGCCAUCUUUUCCAAAGUGUAUGAUUAUAUCAGCAAUUUUCUGACAGCUCACUUGCUGCAGAGCACCUCCUUGAUGUUGGAUAUUGGGAAGAAAUUCUUCCUGUGAGGGUGAUGAGGCCCUGGUACAGGUUGCCCACAGAAGCUGUAGCUGCCUCAUCCCUGGAAAAGCAUCGCUGUUUGACAUUAAGGAAUUCCUAGAUGAGAGAGAUGUGAAGCUUGCCCCACACUGUGAGGAGAGCCAUGCUGAGGGCCGGGGAUGCCAUCCUGCGGCUGCAGCCGCGCCGCUGCGCACUCCUGGCCUGGCGCUCCCUGCACAGGCAGCCGCUGCACCCCGAGUGGGCUGCCCUGGCUCAGAAGCAGCUGAAAGGCAAGAACCCAAAGGAUUUAAUUUGGCACACCCCAGAGGGGAUUGACAUCAAGCCUUUAUACUCCAAAAGGGACACAGAGGACUUCCCUGAGGAGCUGCCAGGGGUGAAGCCUUUCACUCGAGGGCCUUACCCCACCAUGUACACGUACAGGCCGUGGACCAUCCGCCAGUAUGCUGGCUUCAGUACAGUGGAGGAGAGCAACAAGUUCUACAAAGACAACAUCAAAGCUGGCCAACAGGGAUUAUCAGUUGCUUUUGAUUUAGCCACUCACCGCGGUUAUGAUUCAGACAAUCCACGAGUUCGAGGAGAUGUUGGAAUGGCUGGAGUUGCCAUCGACACAGUGGAAGACACCAAAAUCCUUUUUGAUGGAAUUCCUUUGGAGAAAAUGUCAGUUUCCAUGACAAUGAACGGGGCAGUCAUUCCUGUGCUGGCUACAUUCAUUGUGACUGGAGAAGAGCAGGGAGUGCCUCAGGCCAAGCUGACAGGGACAAUCCAAAAUGACAUCCUGAAGGAGUUCAUGGUCAGAAAUACCUACAUUUUCCCCCCAGAACCAUCCAUGCGGAUCAUUGCUGACAUCUUCCAGUACACCUCAAAGCAUAUGCCAAAAUUUAAUUCCAUUUCCAUCAGUGGGUACCACAUGCAAGAGGCAGGAGCUGACACCAUCCUGGAAUUAGCUUAUACCAUAGCAGAUGGCUUGGAGUACUGCAGAACUGGGCUUAAAGCUGGCCUCACUAUUGACGAAUUUGCACCUAGGCUCUCUUUCUUCUGGGGAAUUGGCAUGAACUUCUAUAUGGAAAUAGCAAAGCUGAGAGCUGGGAGGAGGCUGUGGGCUCACUUGAUUGAGAAAAUGUUUAAGCCCAAGGAUUCCAAAUCUCUUCUGCUGAGAGCUCACUGUCAGACUUCGGGCUGGUCACUCACUGAGCAGGAUCCCUUCAACAACGUCAUCCGCACCACCAUCGAAGCCAUGGCUGCAGUGUUUGGAGGGACACAGUCUUUGCACACCAAUUCCUUUGAUGAAGCCUUGGGGCUGCCCACAGUGAAGAGUGCUCGCAUUGCCCGGAACACACAGAUCAUAAUCCAGGAGGAAUCGGGGAUUCCCAAAGUGGCAGAUCCCUGGGGGGGAUCUUACCUCAUGGAGUGCCUCACCAAUGAUGUCUAUGAAGCUGCUUUAAAGCUUAUUGAGGAAAUAGAAGAAAUGGGUGGAAUGGCCAAAGCUGUUGCUGAGGGGAUCCCCAAACUUCGUAUUGAAGAGUGUGCAGCCCGGAGACAAGCCAGGAUUGACUCCGGGUCUGAAGUAAUUGUUGGAGUGAACAAGCACCAGCUAGAGAAAGAGGAGACCGUGGAAGUUCUGGCCAUCGAUAACUCUGUAGUCCGUGCCAAGCAGAUUGAGAAAAUCAACAAGGUGAAGGCCAGCAGAGACCAAGCAGCAGCCCAGCAGUCCCUGGCUGCUCUCACACAAUGUGCUGCCACUGGGGAAGGCAACUUACUUGCUCUGGCAGUGGAAGCAGCACGUGCCAGGUGCACCGUGGGGGAGAUAACAGAUGCCAUGAAGAAGGUGUUUGGGGAGCACAAAGCCAGCGACCGCAUGGUGAGCGGGGCCUAUCGCCAGGAGUUUGGGGAGAGUGAUGAAAUCCUUCAUGCCAUCAAGAGAGUUAACAAGUUCAUGGACCGUGAGGGCCGCAGGCCUCGUAUCCUUGUUGCCAAGAUGGGUCAGGAUGGCCACGACAGAGGAGCCAAAGUCAUCGCAACCGGAUUCGCAGACAUCGGCUUUGACGUGGACAUAGGUCCCCUCUUCCAGACCCCGCAGGAGGUGGCGCAGCAGGCGGUGGAUGCAGACGUGCACUGUGUCGGGGUGAGCACGCUCGCCGCGGGGCACAAAACCCUGGUGCCUGAACUCAUCAAGGAGCUCAAUGCCCUGGACAGGCCUGACAUCCUGGUCAUGUGUGGAGGAGUCAUCCCCCCUCAGGAUUAUGACUUCCUGUAUGAAGCUGGCGUUGCCAAUGUGUUCGGUCCAGGCACUCGUAUUCCAAAAGCAGCUGUGCAAGUAUUGGAUGAUAUUGAGAAGUGCCUGGAGAAGAGACAGCAAUCCAUGUAACUCUGAAAUGUCACAAUCAGCCUUACACUGACCACUUGAUUGUCAGCAAGGGAUGGCCAGCCACAAACCUCUGCUCCCACUGCCCCCUGGCCUCGUGUUUUGUGCUUUCUAAGAAAGUUCUAAACUCUCUGCUUGUUCUAUUUGAAGAUUAUUCAUAUAGAUACCCACAAGAUAAUUUUAUCUCUAGAGCUAUGACUUCAGGAAGUGAAGAGAAUUCAAAUA